CUAUUUCAACUGGACCAAUAGAAAAGGGGAAGAGGCGGAUUCUCCCAGAUCUCAGCCAAUUGCCUUACACGCUGGUGCUACGUUUCUUAGCAGCCGCUUGCAUCCUGGUGAGGGAUUUUAGGUCCUAAACGUCAUCAGAUUGAACAUCUCGUCUCAAACCAAGAUGUUCGGCCAUCACGGUGCUAUGUGGGUGUUCGUACAGGUGCUCUUGGCCCACCUCUUAUGCGGAUGGGCGAUUGGGUCCGAACUGACGUUCGAGCUUCCAGACAACGCCAAACAGUGUUUCUAUGAAGACAUUACCAUCGGCACGAAGUGUACCCUUGAAUUUCAGGUGGUAACUGGUGGACAUUACGAUGUGGACUGUCGCCUGGAAGACCCAGAGGGCACGGUUCUCUACAAGGAGAUGAAGAAACAAUACGACAGUUUCACGUUCACUGCGGCCAAAAACGGAACCUACAAGUUCUGCUUCAGCAACGAGUUCUCCACCUUCACUCACAAGACGGUCUACUUUGACUUCCAGGUCGGAGAGGACCCCCCGCUGUUCCCCAACGAGAACAGGGUCUCCGCCCUCACUCAGUUGGAGUCAGCCUGCGUAUCCAUCCAUGAAGCCCUGAAGUCUGUGAUCGACUACCAGACACACUUCCGGUUGAGGGAGGCUCAGGGCCGCAGCAGGGCCGAAGACCUCAACACCCGUGUGGCCUUCUGGUCCAUCGGAGAGGCCUUCAUCCUCCUGGUGGUCAGCAUCAGUCAGGUGGUCCUGCUCAGAAGCUUCUUCUCCAACAAGAAAACCACGACCACGCGUGUCGGAUCCUAACAAGCGGGACUCUGCACACACACACACACACACACACACACACACCCCUCCGUCACUUCUCCCAGCUCAUCACGCCCCGGAUCCCAAUUCUCUACGGCCUCUGUUUGAAUAUGUAUUGGUGUUUUUUUUCGCUCCUCUGA